GCUAUGGCCAACAGCCAGAGGAACAGGAUGAUGAUGAUGAGGAGGAGGAGUCCAGCUCCAGCAGCAGGGCCAAGUCGUCUAAGAGGCAUUGGGUGCACCUGGGCCCAGAAUGGGGUGAGACCAAAGAGGGCUUCAGGUGUACAAACAAGAAGAACUCAGUGCCCAGAAAUCCAAAGUUGAAGUGGCUGGCAGCAAUUGACAAGGAGAGAUACCCACCUAGCACCACUUGCAUGCUCAGUGAACUCCAACUAGAGCAGCUGCUUUGGUGCUUGACUGGGCUUUCCCCUAAGAUUUCUGUGAAAGACUUGGAUGUGAAGACCAGAUGUGAGUUGACCCUUGGCUGGACUCAGAAGCAGCUGAUCAAGGACCAGGCACAGAGGGGAGCAGACCAGCAAGACAGUCCUCCCCCACCUUCUGUCUUUCAGAAGUACAGCAAGAUCAAAGGGCCCAAUGGAGAGCUUGAAGUAUGCCAUGUGGAGAGGGGCAUGAAGGUGGUGGUGGGCCCACCACAUGCUCCCAUUGCCUUGGCCUACAGAAACUCUUGCUACUACUUGAAGCUGGCAGAGACAAGCAAGACUUCUGAGGUGCUGAUGAAAGCAGAUGAUGUGUUUGAGCAUGCUGAUGGUGUGCAAGCUUGGUAUGCCAAAGUGGCAGAGACUGCACUGCUGAACCAGGAGGACAUGUGGGCUCAGCAGUAUAUCAGCCAGAUGAAAGGCAUCUACUUGGGUCAUGAAGGGGCAGCACUGCCCACCAGGCAGCAAAAUUUGCUUGAAGCUUUUGGCCAAGCUGCACAGGGGCAACCACAGAUGGGACAGCUGCAGCAGCAACCAGCACAAUCACAAGGUGGCCAGAAGACACCAGAGCAGCAACCAGUACAGCAGCCUGAGCAGAGUGCCACAGAAGAGCCAGGCCAUGGCCAACAGCAACCACCUGGGCAGACACCACAACAACACAUAGAGCAGACAGGGCAGCAGAGGCAGCAACAAGAUGGUCAAAGCCCUGUGCCACAGCCACAGCAGCAGCAGCAGCAGCAGCAGCAGCAGCAGCCUGCUGACCAAGCUGUGCCACAACCUAUUCAGCAGGUGGGCCAACAAGCACCAAAGCAAAGUGGCCAGCAGCCAGAUGCCACACAGAAUAACCAGCAACCUGAGCAGGCUGCACAACAGCCACCUGCAGAUGGCCAGCAGAACCUGCAGCAGGAUGCAAAGCAACAGGUGGGCCACCUACAGACUGAGCAGCCACCACAGCAGUCUGCAGCAGGACAGACUGAACAGACUGACUCACAACAGCCACAAGCUUCUGCCUCUCAGAUUGGCCAGCCACCAGGCCUUGGUGAUGGCCCUAAGAAGCCUGGUGAUGGCCAAGUGAAGACACAUGGUACUGCAGGGGCUGCAGAGGCAGCCAGGGAAGCAGGUGAAGCCUUCAGCUCUGAUGCACUUCAACUAGCCAAAAAGAGGAGACAAGAAGCUGCAGUGCCUGCAAAAGCCCAAAACAAGAAGUCCAAGGACAAUGCAGUGGUGAUUGACAGCUGA